AAGUACCACAAGUCAUAUUAUGUUGACCAAGCGGGUUCCGGUGUUAUAGCACUGAGAGAUGUUGGCGAAUUUCCGACAUUCUUGGUAAAGCAGCGUCGGAUACCAGAGGCAUGGACAUUUCGCAAAGCCUGUCAUGACAAUCUGGUAUCAUUGCUGGACUUCUACACCGAAUCAAACUCAAUCUUUCUAGCCUAUGAGUACAUACAUUUAGCAAUCUCCCUCGACUGUCUGGCAGGUAUUGUUGACAUGAGCGAAGCAGAUAUUGCCACAGUCUGCAGAGAAAUUCUGAAUGGCCUUGUCUAUAUUCAUUCUGAGCUCAGGAUAUCUCAUGGCUCAAUUGACUGUAGCAAUAUCUUGCUUAAUGAAAAGGGGGAGGUGAAACUAGCAAACAUCGGAGAUAGUAUGAUCCAUGAAAAUGCACUAAGUGACUGGAAAGAGGAUAUAGCGGCUAUUGGCUUUAUUGUGAUUUGCAUGAACAAUAGUACAUCAUUGAUAUCAGGAGCUGCUCUUGAGGACACUACACUUUCUGGGUCAGCUCUCAAAUUUGUUGGAAACAUGAAAGAAAAAACUGCGAAGGAACUUUUGGAUGAUGAAUUUCUAUGUCUAGCAAACCCAGGCGGUUCAUGGAGCCUAAAACGACAUUAUUUCGAUGUACUCCCGUUAAGUAUCAGGUUUGGAAAGCGAGCUCGG